AUGAGUGGUAAAUUACGUGCCCCAUUCCUACUUUUUGUUACGUUCAAUAUCAAUGUAUGCUCACUCUGCUAUGCUGCUCUUGUCCGAGGAUCCGCUCCGAAGUUCUCCACGAGGAACAACAUCAAUGUUACUCUGUCUCACCAUUAUCCCGACGUUCUCAAAGAUCUCACGCUUACAGAAGAAUACCUUAUCGCUAAGUCCCAUCCUGUUGGGGCGAUUUUGAAGCUACGCCCUGGAGGGCGGUCAUCACCCGCAAACUACCAUGCGUUACGCGGCCAUUUUAUUAUCAUACCACAGGAUCCAAAACCGCUUCUUCAAAUACUGCCUAGCCCGGAGCUCCAAUUCACGGAGCUUGUUAAGGUUUUCUGGAUGGGUCGACAACCCCCGAAGGACGCCGAUCUACGACCUUUCCUGAUCGUGCGAAAAAACAGGGUCCUCGCUGCUUUGCAAUAUCUGAUUCAGCACAACCCGCUCUAUCAAGAUGUCACCAUCUCUCAUUCCACCAUGGAAAACUGGCCUGACGAUUUUGUUCCGUCGGCUCUGCAGCAGGACAUUAUAUGCUUGGAUGAGACCGAUCUUGACGAAAGGGCUGGUUACAGUGUUGACUUACGAGGGGGGAACUGUGAGAAUGACUGGCAAGCUGCAAACGAUGCUCAAGGAAGCUUUACCGAAGACUCAAUUCCAGUCACUGCUUCAGUUACAGUUGAUCUGAAUGGAGAUCGUUACAACCCUGACCUACGUCUCCUCAGUACAAUACAGUCCCUUAAUGACCAAUCACCAUGUGAAACGCGCCCUCAACUUAUUUCCACUAACCAGACGAUUCAGGAAAUGUCAUCCAGCCGCUCGCACCACCGCUCCCCUGUGAUUGAAUACGGUGUCCGAGGGCAAGCUUUACUUCUCAAUCAAUGGGAAGAUCCUCAUUACUUCACGUCUGCUUUCCCUACACUUUUUCCCACUGGCAGAGGGGGGCAUCUAGAUGACCGGCAUGUUGCCGUGUCGCUCGCUGCUUUUGCUAAGUGGGCACUGAGCCAUCACAGCCGAAGGUAG